AUGAAAACCACAACCAUACUACUCCUCGCUCUGGCCUUGGCCCUGUUCGUUCAAGCCGCACCCAUUGAAACCCGCGACGACAAGGGACCAACCUCGCCUCCCAACCACGGUGAUGAUGUUAGCUGGACCUCUACCCCCGGCCACGCCACGACUCAAGAUGACAAGGGGCCUACCUCGCCUCCCAACCGCCGUGGUGAUACUAACUGA